GGGGCUCCGGAGCGCACCGCCAGGCUCUGCGCACCCAGUCGGGACCGAGUCGCCCAGGCACCGGCCGCGCCCCGCCGUCGCGUCCGGCCGUCCCUCGCGCUGCCCGGAGAAGCGAGCUCCGAGCAUCCCUCCGCGGCGGCCACUCCUCGGGGCCAGGAGGGGGAAGCCGAGUGCGACAGACUGCGGGAUCUCCCCCCACACAGCGCAGCCUCCCAAAGCACCAUGACCCACUUCAACAAGGGCCCUUCCUACGGGCUCUCGGCCGAGGUCAAGAACAAGAUUGCUUCCAAGUAUGAUCACCAGGCGGAAGAAGACCUUCGCAACUGGAUUGAAGAGGUGACGGGCAUGAGCAUUGGCACCAACUUCCAGCUGGGCCUGAAGGAUGGCAUCAUCCUCUGCGAACUCAUCAACAAGCUGCAGCCAGGAUCGGUGAAGAAGGUCAAUGAGUCCUCAUUAAACUGGCCUCAGUUGGAGAAUAUUGGCAACUUUAUUAAAGCUAUCCAGGCUUAUGGUAUGAAGCCACAUGACAUAUUUGAAGCCAAUGAUCUUUUCGAGAACGGAAACAUGACCCAGGUUCAGACUACGUUGGUGGCUCUGGCCGGUCUGGCUAAAACAAAAGGUUUCCAUACAACCAUUGACAUUGGAGUUAAGUAUGCAGAAAAACAAACAAGACGCUUUGAUGAAGGAAAACUAAAAGCUGGCCAGAGUGUAAUUGGUUUGCAGAUGGGAACCAACAAGUGUGCCAGCCAGGCAGGAAUGACAGCUUAUGGAACCAGAAGGCAUCUUUAUGAUCCCAAAAUGCAAACUGACAAGCCUUUUGAUCAGACCACAAUUAGUCUGCAGAUGGGCACCAACAAAGGAGCCAGCCAGGCGGGGAUGUUGGCCCCAGGAACCAGGAGAGACAUCUAUGAUCAGAAGCUAACAUUACAGCCAGUGGACAACUCAACGAUCUCGCUACAGAUGGGGACCAACAAAGUUGCUUCCCAGAAAGGAAUGAGUGUGUACGGGCUUGGGCGGCAAGUAUAUGAUCCCAAAUACUGUGCCGCCCCGACAGAGCCUGCCAUUCACAAUGGAAGUCAAGGGACAGGGACCAACGGGUCGGAAAUCAGUGAUAGCGAUUCCCAGGCAGAGUACCCCGAUGAGUAUCAUGGCGAGUACCAGGAUGAUUACCCCAGGGAGUACCAGUAUGGGGACCAGGGCAUUGAUUACUAGAGUGACACAGAGGAGCCCAAGAUUUAGUCCAUUGUUCCUAUUCAGUGAGAACCAAGCUAGCCUUGAGUAAUUUUUAUCUCGUCUUCCUAAAACACUAUUAUGCUUAUUAUACCUAAAAAAGAAAAAUUGCCUUACGUACAUUCCUUUUUCCUUUCUCUGCCUCUUCCCUCAAUAGUUGCCUUUUAGUGCUGUAACAGUUAAAUACUACAGCAUAACCAGUAACUCGAACAUGAAGUAAAAAGGAAUACUGUGAAAGGGGAAUACUCUUGUACAGCCAAUUCUUUUAUUAAAGAUCUAUGCAUUUUUACAAUCUUCUACUUAAAAUUGGUAUUUUCAAACAAUAGGGUGGUUUUUUUUUUGAUAGUUCAGUAUAUCUGGUUUCUACAUGGAAGACUAAACUCAUGCUUGUUGCUAAUCGUGGUUUUUGCCAACUAAAUCUAAGAUAUGCAGCAUUUUAGGAAUUUACAUAUCAAUGUUUCUACAGUAUUGUUUGUUAAUUUUUAAAUAAAGUCCUGAUCAGUGUGCACCUGUGA